AUGAUGGGUGCGGGCAGUCCGCGUAGCUUCUCGCUGAGCUUGAUGCUCGUUCCGUACGCCGAGGCGCCAUGGCCGCACAAACCAGAGCAGGAAGGCGUACCGCAGGAGCUUGUCACCUCGGCAACGGACGGGACCGGCCCCGACCAGGACGCGACCCUGCCAGCCAGUGUUGCUUGGUUGUUGCUGGCCAACUUUGCCAGCGCUGCCAUGUCGGUGGAGCGCUGUGCCGAGUGCCUCUGCGACGGGGUCGAAGAGCUUCGCGGCGCCCCCCUCGAGGACUGCGUCGGCGGCGCGCUGGCGCGGGUGCAGCUGGAUAACAUUGCCCAGGCGCGGGAGGCCCUGGCCGUGGCCGCAGCCGCGCAUCUGGUAAGGGGCGCGCUUCUUUCUUGCGACGACCAGGGCCCGCGCGCGGAGAUCGACGAAUCCAAUGCGAGCCAUUUCUUCGAGCAGGGCUUCACAGAGGCACAUAUUCGCCACUGGUGGUCUUUACUGCAUUGCGUUACCCUCUACGAAAAUGGCCGCGUUAUCAACGCGCCAGAACGUCGCGGCAGUGGCGGCGACGAAAAGCGGAUAUACAGGCGAGAUAUGAUCGCAGGGGGCGCCGCGCGCGCCCGUGCCCGGCUCGCAGUCAGCGUCGCGGGGUUGAGCGUCCUCAAGGCGGCUGUCUGGAGCGGCGUGGCCCGGAGCGCCGUGUUCGGCAAGGCAGGCGGGCCGGCGCAGGCUGGCUGGUCCGGCGGUUCGCACUACGCGGCGGCGUCCCAGGGCGGGCCGCAGAACGGCGGCCGACCUGGCGACUGGCACUGCGGGACCGAGGGUUGCAAGAACAACUCGGUCAACCUUGUGUAUGGUAGCAAGGCGAAUUGCCCGCUGUGCGGGGGGGAGAAGCCCGAUGUGCCGGUGCAGCCGAAGCCCCGGUGGGCGGCGGACUCCAGGUGGGCGACAGACGCUGCAGUGUCCGUGGCGCCUUCGCCCGAGGCGGCUGCCGCCUCUGAGGAGAAGGCGGUUGCCCUGGAGACCGCCGAGGCGCAGCUGCGCGCCGCGGGCCUGGACUCGGAGGCGGACAAGCUCGCGCAGCAGGCCGCCGAGCACCGCGCGGCGGCCGCGACGCUCGAAUCGGCCGCCGUGCAGGCCGCCGCCGCCGAGGAGAAGGCCGCCGCCCUGGAGGCUUCCGCAGCGCAGCUGCACGCCGCUGGCCUGGUCGCGGAGGCGAGUCAGCUCCAGCAGCAGGCCGCCGAGCACAGGAGGCCCCACGUGGUCCCGCCGGCGCGGGGGAGGCCCGCCUGGUCGGGCGGCGUGCCGCCGCCGCCGGCCGCCCCGCACCCCGGCUUCGCGGGCGCGUACGGCAGGGGCCGCGGCGAUGCGCAUCAUUGGCCGCCGCCGCCGCACGGCGGCAAGGGCCACGGGAAGGGCAAGGACGGCAAGGGCGGAGGGCAUCCAGGCGACUGGCACUGCGCGAACCCAGAGUGCAAGAAUUACCAGGAUAACGUAGUCUUCGCCAGCAAGCAAGCGUGCCCAAUUUGCGGGACGCCCAAGCCGAUGAUCGGCGUGGGGUAUCCCAACAAGAGGUCUGAGAACGACUGGCAGUGCCCCAACACCACGUGCAAGAACCACACCAAUUUUGUGUACGGUAGCAAGCCCGCGUGCACCAUCUGCGGCAUGCCCAACCCGAAUUUGGAGGGGGGCGCCGCGGAGCGCGACCACUCCCGGACGCCGCGGGGGGACCACGGUGAGCCGCACACCGUGCACUAG